GCCCACACGAGGAAGUUCCCGCUCCCGUACCGGUGCCAGAAGGUUCCUGAAGCCUGACGCCACACCGUCCCUACCCCUCAACCACCUCCGAACCGGAGACCCGGCCCGGGCCGCCCUCCCCGCGGCUGAACGGCGGACACCACCCGCCCCGCUACCACCACCAUGACCCCCAGAACCCCCGGCCCGCACAGCGCCGCGCAUGCGCCCCGCGGCCCCUCACCGUUGCCGGGUGACUCGCCCUCCCCGCCGUCCUCAGCACACCAAGCAGCAGGUUCCUCCGCCUCUUCCUACCCCGGAGGACGGCGCGGGGCUCUCCUUUCCGCUCCGCUCUCCCGUCGCAAGGCCUCGCCACGCCGCCGCUGUGCCCUCGCCCCGGGCCGCCCGUGCCGGUGCCCCCCUCAAGCCGCUCGUUCGCGCCUACCGCGCGCGGGGGGUCCCUCAACGGUAGCGGCGGCAACUGCCGGAAGUGACGCGCUGACUGACAGCCUCAUCAACAACAAUAAAGAUACUGAAUCAGAACAAGCUGACAAUCCUGUUGAUGAAACACGGGAGAGCGUGGACUCCAGCUGGCUCUUCAGCAGAUACGUUGGCCGGUUGACAGGAGUAAAACGGCAAGAAACCUGACAUACAAAACACAUGCAGCGCGAGGAGACAGACAGCAGAGGCAGGCAGGAUGCCCAGCACAAGACCGUUGGCCACGUUGGACAUCCAUAACUCUUCAUGGAGGCUCCUGAAUCAGCAGGUAUCUAAUUCUUCUGACUCACAAAGUCCAGCAGAGCACUUAAGAAUCAAAGUCCUUUCUAAAGCUUUGCCCUGCAUUAACAAAUGAAGCUUCACAAUGCUCAAGCAGAUGCCUGAAAGAAUCCAUUUCAUGGAAACAGAAACCAACACAGAGAAAACCAUUCACCUUCUUGAGGAUUGUCUGCCAUUACUAAACACAUACAUAAGGAUGUUUUGAAACUUCAAUAUCAAAGGCACAUGUUCCAUGUAAAUGUCAGACAUUUAUACUCAUUUUUCUACCAGAGUUCUGUGAUUAAAAUAGAUGUUCAAAGGAUAA